UCAAAACAAGAAUGACCUAUGUCAGAGUGGACUCUCGGUUGGGAAAAUGAUAUCAUAAUUUAUAAAAUGAAGAUUUGUUUGUACCAGUAAUGAAACUAAUUAAGGCAUGAAAAAUGGGUGAACGAUUCCGGCAGUUUUUCCAAAGAGUAAAAGACAAAAUACAGUACCCCGCCCUUAAAACAAACAGCCGGGAAAAAGUCGACCAGCUGAUUACCAAGUAUGUACCAGCCACUAGAGUCAGUGAGAUCGCCGAGAAGUUUAGGCAUGAGAGUAUCACAAACAAAGUGAAAGAGUUGGUAUCCAGAUAUGAAAAAUUUACUGGCAUCGAAGAAAUUAUGGCCAUACAAAACACUGUAGUUGAAGCCCAGGAGCGAUUUAUUACUGCCCAAGAUAAAAGACGUGAUCUUGGUAAAGAACUUGCAUCAAUUGAAGCCAGGCUGAAGGAGUUACAUGCGGAGAUGCAGAACAUUAUGAAAGGGGACGAAAAAUAUCUACAGCUCUGCACAGAGGAACACAAGUUGAUAAUCCAAGAGCGUGCCCUGCGUACAUUAUUUUCUGAUGCUGAGCGUGAGGAGAGGGAACUAUUUGCCACCAUGUCAGCUGCGGUAAAACUCGGUCAUGAACGAGAACGGGCCCAUGCUGAGAGGAAUAAGUACUGGUACAUUGUUGCCUCUAUACUAGGCACAGUUCUCGGCAUAGCUGGUUCCACAAUAAACAAUCGUCUCAAAAUGGCAGAGUUUCGUGACCUAAUGGAGCAGCAGAUGGCCCGCAGUGCCAGUGUACUGUACACUAUAGCUGGGGGAGGAACGGCCAGUCGAGCUGAUAUUACCGAGGCCAUGAAAACAGAAUUUGCUUAUCAGGAACAACUUGCACAAAACUUGAAUGAAAUGAAAGAUAAUGUUGAGACACUAGUCAGCAAAACUGCUUCAUUAAUUGAGCACAUAAAUCAUCAGCAGCAUGUCACUGAAACACAAAUCCGAGAGCUGAAGAGAUUGAUUGUGGCUGCUUCACAAAAUAGCGCCAAGUCCGAUGCAGAAAUAACCAAAGCUCUGUCAGUGGUCCAUCAAGAUUUGGAUGAUGACAAGAAGGUUGAACCACCAGCUGCACAAACUAACCAAAUUCUGACGACUCUGGGAAUUUUCAUGUGUGCUGUGGUGAUUUUCACCAACAUUCUUGGGCGAAUGAGUUGAUUUACUAUAUUAUUUAUUACAAAGGGGUUAUCCAAAGGUAUUCUUUUUAAGAUAAGAGUAUUCAUUAUGCUUGCAUAUUUCUCAUCACAAAAUGUUUAUGUUAAUCUUGGUUUACAGUGUACUUAGUUAUUCUACAAUCUUGCCUAGGUUGAAAAAUAGAAUUCUUUAUUUUCUAUUGCAAUCACUAAAAAAUUAAAGUUUUUUUGUACUCUCUUUCU